AUGUGCAGUAGUAACGUGGAAGAAGAGAAAAUAAGAAGAAGCAGAAAGAGAAGAGGAGACUGCAGAACAUUCUGCGAGGAACCGAUUUACCGGACGCGGUGUUCUAUAUGUGGAAUAACAGAUGUGUUUGUCUACUGCGCUGCGGACGCCAAGUUCUUCUGCCAUGGAUGCGACGUAAGGGAACACUCCUUCUCUAACUAUUGGUCUUGGAGGCACGUGCGCCGCAUGGUUUGUUCGGUUUGCCAGUGCUUCAAUCGCACUUUAUUGGUCGAAGAUUUCUGCUACACUUUACCAGAGUUGACCAUCCCAAUUGAAGUACCACAAGCCGAAGUUGAAAUCGAUGAGCCAAGCAAUCUUCUUGAUUCCGGUGAAGAUUAA